AUGGUGAGCUUAAGAAGAAGCAAACGCAUGAGACUUUGCACCGAGAGAAGUUCUGUUCUAGCUCCACUGCCAAGGUUUUGUGACAAGGGAACUGCUCCUCAAAAUUCUACCCAAACAAAACCAGAUAGCGUGCAUUCAAUGCCUUCAAAUGAUGUGAAUCUGCCGGAGGGGAAUGCGACUCAUAGAAGGGCUUCCUCUGAGAUUAUCAGUGUGUUGAGAGAGCCAGCUGCAGCAGAGAGAGUUUUGCUGGGCUUACUUGGCCCUGAUGAUACCAGGAUUAUGCAGGAGUACGAUGAUGGUGGUUUGAGGCAAAACUUAUCCCACCAUGCCCUUAGUGCCUGCCUCCACUUUGCCAUGUGGGUCAGGGAAAAUGGAGAGUCUUCCUUAGCCUCCAGGGAGCGCGAUGAAGCCAGAGCUCGUGUUGCAGAGCUGGAGGAAAAUGUGAGGAAUGUUGAGGAGAUUCUUAGGCAUCAGGUCCAAGAGUACGAGUCUAAGCUGAAUGGUCUGCAAAAUGAUGUUGAUCAGCUGAGUCAGAAGGCCGAGUUGUGCGAGAGGAAUUGGAAGGAGCAGAAGGCCUUGCAUCAGGAGAAGGACACUCUUAUGGUAGAGGUUUUGAGGCUGCGUGAGGAAGCUAUCUCUGAGCUUGCCAAGAACACGUAUCAAAAUCUGACUGGUGCCCUCACUCGGAGCAGGAAGCUCUACGAGCAGGCUGAGGUUGAAGUGAAGAAGGUUCAGCAGGACUGCGAAAUGGAUAGGAUCCUUGGGGAAAUAGAGAAGGAAGAGCGUGGGGAAAAAAGGAUUGCUCUGACCACCGAGCUAGAGCUGGUAGAGGACUUCCAAAACCAAAACCAGAAGAUGGAAGGUGGGAUCAUGCCAACACCGGAGCUAAACAAAGAUGUUAGCAAGCAAGUGGAAGAAGCUGAAGACAUUGAUGAACUGGUGGACGUUGACUACUUUCUGAGCCUUUUGCAAUCACUGUAA